AUGGACCACUCCCAGCCCCAAACCAUCGAACUCAAGGAGAACACGACGAUUGUCGUUCUCGGUGCCUCCGGAGAUUUGGCUAAGAAGAAGACGUUCCCCGCGCUCUUUGGCCUGUACCGAAACCAAUUUCUGCCUCAGGGCGUAAAAAUCAUUGGCUAUGCCCGAACAAAGAUGGACCACGAGGAGUACCUACGGAGGGUAAAGUCAUACAUCAAGACGCCCACCAAGGAGAUUGAGCAGCAGCUGGAGGAGUUCACCAGUCUGUGCAGCUAUGUUUCCGGCCAGUACGACAAGGACGAGUCUUUCGCUGUCUUGAACGACCACCUCAACGAUCUGGAGAAGGGAUGGCCAGAGGCGCAUCGCUUGUUCUACAUGGCGCUGCCCCCUAGUGUCUUUACCAUUGUCUCGCAGCACCUGAAGCGAUGCUGUUACCCAACCCGGGGUAUUGCCCGAGUUAUUAUCGAGAAACCCUUCGGUAAGGAUCUUGCUAGCUCUCGCGAGCUGCAAAAGUCUCUGGAGCCAGACUGGAAAGAGGAAGAGCUCUACCGUAUUGAUCACUACCUUGGAAAGGAGAUGGUCAAGAAUAUUCUCAUCAUGCGCUUCGGCAACUCCUUCCUCGGUGCCACCUGGAACAGACAUCACAUUGACAAUGUCCAAAUUACCUUCAAGGAGCCCUUCGGCACUGAGGGCCGUGGAGGCUACUUUGAUGAGUUUGGCAUUAUCCGAGAUGUCAUGCAAAACCAUCUUCUCCAGGUCCUCACCCUCUUGGCUAUGGAGCGCCCCAUCUCCUUCGACUCCGAGGAUAUCCGUGAUGAGAAGGUCCGUGUUCUCCGAGCCAUGCCUCCUAUCGAGCCCAAGAACGUCAUCAUCGGACAGUAUGGAAGAUCAUUGGACGGAAGCAAGCCAUCCUACAAGGAAGACGAUACCGUGCCAAAGGACUCUCGAUGCCCCACAUUUUGUGCCCUUGUUGCUUAUAUUAAGAAUGAGCGAUGGGACGGCGUUCCCUUCAUCAUGAAGGCCGGCAAAGCCCUCAACGAGCAGAAGACGGAGAUCCGAAUCCAGUUCAAAGAUGUCACAUCCGGCAUCUUCAAGGACAUUCCCCGAAACGAGCUUGUUAUGCGCAUCCAGCCCAACGAGAGUGUCUACAUCAAGAUGAACUCGAAGCUUCCCGGCCUCAGCACCCAGACUGUAGUCACUGAACUCGACCUUACCUACCGUCGCCGAUUCUCGGACCUCAAGAUCCCGGAGGCGUACGAGUCGCUUGUGCUCGACUGCCUGAAGGGCGACCACUCCAACUUCGUCCGUGACGAUGAGCUUGACGCAAGCUGGCGCAUGUUUACCCCCCUACUACACUACCUAGAGGACAACAAGGAGAUUAUUCCCAUGGAAUACCCCUAUGGAUCUCGAGGCCCCUCUGUCUUGGAUGACUUCACAGCAUCCUAUGGAUACAAGUUCAGUGACGCUGCCGGCUACCAGUGGCCGACAACCUCUGCUGCUGCUCCUAUCAAGUUGUAA